GUUGGCUGUCCAAGCUAAGCGACGGUGAUCAGGUCUCUGGCCUGAAGCAGGACAAAACUGCGUAAAAUAUUUCGACAGUAAUACGUGCAACAGAAUUGAUAUAGCGCCCGUGUCCGUUAGAUAGUCUUCCAAACCACUGGGAUAUGGCCAGGCAAGAUCAGGUCCUUUUGCUGGAGCCACAACACGAACUGAAAUUCAGAGGUCCCUUUACAGAUGUGGUCACAGCAACUCUUAAGCUGUCAAACCCCACAGAUAGGAAUGUGUGUUUUAAGGUGAAAACCACUGCCCCUCGUCGCUACUGUGUUCGUCCCAACAGCGGCAUCAUCGACGCAGGGACCUCCAUCAAUGUCUCUGUCAUGCUCCAGCCCUUCGACUAUGACCCGAAUGAAAAGAGCAAACACAAGUUCAUGGUGCAAUCCAUGUUGGCUCCACCAAAUAUGGGGGACAUGGAGGGAGUGUGGAAAGAGGCAAAACCAGAAGACUUGAUGGACUCUAAAUUGAGAUGUGUUUUUGAGCUGCCGGCUGAGAAUGAAAAAGCUCAUGACAACGAGAGCAGUAAGGGGCUAUCCUCCUCUGUGUCAAAGUUAGAGGCUUCCUCUCUACCCAAAUCAUCCAGUGCCUCACUGGAUGACGGAGAGGUGAAGAAGAUCAUGGAGGAGUGCAAGCGACUGCAGGUGGAGGUUCAACGACUCCGAGAGGAGAACAGACAGAUAAAGGAGGAUGAUGGUUUGAGGAAGAGGAAGACCACGCUUACAACUUCUGCCGCCACCUCUUCCCAUGUCUCCAGCUCUACCGUCCGGGAAGAGGGGCUUAGUACCCGUGUAAUCGCUCUGUGUGUGCUGUUCUUCGUCAUCGGAGUCAUCAUCGGCAAACUGGCCUUGUAGAGACAGACCGACAGAGGCACACAGACAUACACACUCACACAAACACAUAUACACACAGACAAACAUAGACACACACACACACACACACAGAUAGAUGGACAGUUGUACAAACAGUCAAACAUGGAGUUGGCCGCAUGCUCUGGAAACAGGAAAGAAUGGGACUUGUUUAGAGCAGAAUGCAAUAUAAUAAGGGUUUAUGUAGAGUGUUUAAAGUAAUGGUAAAGAGAGCUAUUUGAUUAUGUAACGACAACAACAAACUCACGUCUUGCCUUCUGAUCACUAUGUUGUACCCUCUGUGUAAUACUCUGCCUGUCUCUGCUGCACACAUACAAAUCAUUGUGUGGAGCAGUGACAUCGUUUGUGUGCGAAUGAAUGAUAAGCAAACCGUUUAGGUGGCGUGAGGUGUCUCUGACAACCAAACCAAUCAAAGGCUGAAUUAACCAUUGUGUAUAUGUCCUUUUAAAGCUAGCUAUAAAAAAACGAGAGAGAGAGAGGGAGAGAAAGAGGAAAGAAAAUCACAGGGUCCUUGUUGGCGGUUGAAUGGACUCUUAAAAAGAACUGAGGAAAGGCUUGGUGAACAAAGAUCACAUUGGAAAAAGUAUAGCAUGAAACAGUUUGAGAUCCUGUGGUUCUGUUCUAAGUUUAAUCAGUAAAUUCAUCCAAAGGGAUCCAAAGGCAGUGAUUACUGCAUGUAUCAUUAUCCAGCGUCUUCAUUAUAACCUCAGCCUACCUUCCCUGGUUUGACUGACUCCUUUCAUAUAUACCUAUAUAUUCACACACAUAAUCUGAUUUUGACGUGUCAUUCAAACUAGCCAGUGUUGUCAUUAAGAAAAAACCUGUAUUAGGUUUACACAUCUGCAGACAGCUGAGAACACUUGCAAAAAAAAAAAAACACAGUAGAUAUUGCUUCCCCUUUUCUCCUUUAAUGAUCCACAUACUAAAGAUGAGAUUAUAUAUGACUUUUAAUAAUAUAUAUGUAUUGGGCCUUAAAGUCCAAAGUCUUCAGGCAGCCAUCAACUAGUGGAUCUCACUGGAUGUGCUGUACUAGUGAUCAGCUCUCCUGUGCACACUUUCUGACAUAGGACCGGUUGAAUUAAUCCUGGAGUUUUAAACACUCAUUCACAGAAAAGACGGGAAGAGUAAUAAUCAAAUUCUUAAUUUGCAGUCAAUCAGCAGUUUGAUGAAGACUGAGUUGCCCAGUGAACACAUGAACACUGUCGUAGGGUUGACUGAGUCUUUUUUGAGUUGAGCAGCAAGAAGUGAUCAGGAUUCUAAAAAACAAAAACCAAACCAAAACAAAAAAGCUUGCUCCUCAGUCACACCACUGCAGGCGCUGGGCCUUCAGGCAUUAGCAUUUCAUGUACAUGUAUAAUAAGAGCCAUAGAAACACUGUUUAGAGCGACUGGUAUCUGAAUUUGGCGGCUGCUCACUACACAGAGAAUCCUGCCAUCCUGAUAGAGACCUAGAGACCUAAACUAGCAUUAGAACAGCAUCUGGAUCUGUUCCUGAGACCCUGCAACACCACAAUCUUCAAACGUUGGUUACCAUGGUGAUGCAGUAGGUAACUGUUCAGUAGUGUAGUCUGCAGCUGUGAGAGAGCUAUACCUGUGGGAGUAUUGUCAUUUCUCUGUUUUUUGUUUGUUUGUUUUGUUUUGUUUUUCUGGCUAAAACUCAUAAACACAACGCCAGGCAGAAGGAUGGGGUAGAGUGUCUGCUGUCCAUAUAACCUCCACCCUCAGGAAAAAAGAAAAGAAAAAAAAAAGAAAAGCCAUGACUACCUUCCAGCAUCUGCCCUUCCACUUUGUAUCUUUUCCUUCCCCUCCAUGUCUUUGAAUAUGUUUGUGUGUGGAUCUUCAUACAUCCAUAACACUGUCUCUGUUCAGUCUGACCGUGGUAAUGCACUGUGUACUGGUGGAGCUUUAACACUAAUGUGGUUUCUGGCUUCAUCUGAGUGUGGAAACACACGAGAGCUUUUUUUUUUUGUUCCUUCCAAAAAGGGACUCUUAUUGUGUAAGUAGUUAGAAGUGGAGGGUUUUUUUGGGUCAGUUUCUUUCCCCCUCCUUUGGAUCAGUGUUUUUGGGCUAAAACUGUCUUGGCUUGCACCAUCCAAAGUACCCUUCACCCUUUUGUGUUUUUGUUUUUUUUUUUCUUUUUUUUAAGCUGUGUAUGGACCUCCAUGCGUGUGCGUGUAACUGGUGUUUAAUGCGUGUUCCCGGCCAAGGUGAAAACGUCAUGUGUCUGAGUGGAUGAAAAAAGGAGUCUUGGGGCUAGUGACAUGGUGAAGACCACCACAGAAACUUGCUACUCUUCAUCACUUCAAUGCAACCACAAUUGGCUCCACUGUUUUGUAUGUACAUAAAGAAAAGACAACUACAAUAAACAGAUCAUUGCAAAAAUAACUUCAUAGGGAACUAGUCCAUUGCCUAAAACAAAGCAACCUUGGUGGGUGAUGUAGCGUCUUAAUAAAUUCAAUAAAUAAACCAAAACAGCUC